UCGGCAGGCGUCACUGGACCCUCGCACAGCGCUGGACCCAGAUACGGUGGGGAAGACUCUCAGCGAUCUGCUGUUGUGGAUCCUGCCGGUCCUGGUGACACAGCGAGUGCUGCUGCGACUGGUAGCUCACAUGCCGCUGGACAUGUGACUCCUGGGGCCGCAAAAGCUGCAGGUUGUGUUUGUGCCACAAGAAGCAGCAUGCCAUCCAACCUUAAGAUCUAUUUCUGCGGGAGCAUCCGAGGAGGCCGCACUGAUGUGGACCUCUAUGGCCGGCUUGUGGACCAGCUUGGGAAGUAUGGCAAGGUGCUGUCUCCCUUUGUGGCAGACAAGACUGUCACUGAUGCUUCUGUCCAGGAGGGUUCUGCAAUGACUGACAAGGAUAUCUAUGAACGUGAUGUGAGGCUGAUAAACGAAAGUCAUGCUGUGGUAGCAGAGGUGACGCAGCCGUCGCUGGGUGUGGGCUACGAGGUGGGCCAUGCUAAAACCUUGGACAAGAAGAUCCUGUGCCUCUAUCGGCCACAGGCUGGCAAAUUGCUCUCUGCCAUGAUCCGAGGAGCAGAGGAGAAGGGUAGCUUUGUCGUCAGAGAUUAUAAGGAAGAGGAACUUCCUGAGAUCUUGGAGGAAUUCUUUACUACAUGCUUUGCCAGGACUCACAAAGACAGCUUGGACUGGACAACCUAUGAGCCCAUGUAGACAUGUAUGUGUAUUGUAUGUGUCAGGUAAAGAAGGUUGGAGAAAGGCAAGUCUUACUCUCCUGCCCACAAACACAUCAAGCCAAGUAAUGAUUAACACCAUCACAAAAUUAAUAUAACUUUAAACAUCAAGUAAUGUAUGAGUAUACGUACAUUAUGCCUUACCUUGAUGUGCCUUCCUUUUAUAUGGUAGUGGUGUCAAGUCUUACAUAUCUGUUGAGGCAAAUGGGGGAGGUAAUCAUUAUGAAAUAUGUGCAUCUUAGUGAUUUUACAACACAUCACAUUUACUUACAGCCUCUGUGUUAUGAAGUAUGUAGUACUAUUAGGAAAACUUUAAUUUGGUGUAAGAAAUGCUUGAUAAAAACUACUAUUAUGACAACAUAGAAAAGUCAAUCUUUAGGUUAAAAACUACAGAGCAACACAAAGUUUUCCAUUUUCAUCACUCAGGUUUACACCAGUUAUAAUUUAGUCAAUAGUACAUGCAUUCCCCCCAAACCAUCUGUGUGCUGUGUAGUGUUUUGUUGUGGCAGUGCAGACUUGCAUAGUUAUCAUUGUAUGUCAAGAAUGCACAAAUACUCAUAUGAAUGAGAUUAAUGUAUCCUUUGUAAGAUGUUAUAGGGAUUUGCUGUCCUAAGUUAAAUUCUCUCUACACAUUUAAUGUCAAAUUAUUGUGUGAUACUUGAAAUACUAUAUUUUUUAAAAGUUUUUCCCAUUUUUAAGGGUAUAGUUUUAGGGUAAUAAUUGGUGUAAUUAUAUUAGGGAGAAGUGUUGACAUAGCUAUUUGGUCUGCACUCAAACUAUCAAAGCAAGAUAAGAAUUAAAUGAAAUGAUAAAGGUUGGAUUUGAACCAGAUGCAAGAAUAAUAGCAUUUAAUGAAUGAUGAAAUGCAUAUGUAAUAAAACAGUAAUAAAAUUGAUUCAUUUUAA